CAGGUGUCUGUGCGCAUGUUGCAGCGCGCCCAGCAGCACCUCACUGCCUGGCUGGAGGAGCUCCACACCAGCCUGAGCAGCGAGCAGGACAUGUGCUCUCCACUGGCUGCAACGCCAAGCAGUGCCUCUCCUGCAUCACCUUCAGUGCCAGCCAGUUGUGACGCCACAGCAGCAUUAUUGUUGGCAUGUCAUGUGGCAUCCAUCUCCCCUCCGCCGCCCAUCACCGCUCUGCAGCACAAGUUGGCUCUCUGGUGCUACCGUUGGUUGUCCCGCCUCUCCGCGCUCCUCUCCUCUCCACGCCACCUCCACCGCCGCGCCAUGCCCGCUGCCGACUCGCACCUUCCCCGCCUGCAAGCCUCCUUCGCCCUCCUCUCUGCCUCCUUCCACCGCCACCUGCUCUCGUCCCACUGCCAGGUGGAUGACGUGGCACUGCCAUGGGUGAAGAGGGGGGAGGUGCGGAGGCUGGCGAGCACGGGGGGGAGUGGGGAGAUGGAGGGGACGAAGGCUGUGGAAAUGGUGAUGUGUGUGUGGGAGAGAGAGCAUGAGAAGAGGUUAAGGGAAUCACAGCAAGUGGCGCGCAGUGGAGCUGUGAGCUGCUCAUCUGAGCUCCUCACCUGCAUGCAGCAGGUUCUGCGUGCUUCCAAACUAAACUCCCCUGCCCGUGCCCCUGCUGUGUGUGAGCUCCCGGUCACAGCACGUCCGCCACCAUCUCCACUCUCCCCUCUCCUCACCCUCCUCCCCCUCAUCGAGCAUUUGCUCGCCCUUCUCCCUGCCACCACGCUCUUUCACUCUCAAUCCGCCAUCCUCGCAUCCCACGCUGCCACGCCUCUUCACCACCUCUUCACCUCCCUUCUCCUCCACCCUUUCCCUCCCCUCCCUUCGUCCCACAAGCCCACCCACUCGUGCUGGCCGCACCACGUCUACCACUCCCUGCUGCACCCCACCCUUGCAGCGCUGCUGGUAGACGAGCUGCCACGAAGGGGAGGGGCGGGCAGGGCUUUCGGGAGGAGGGCAGUGGGUCGUCUGUUUUGGGUAGAGCAGUGCGAGGGGCAGCAGCUUCACCCGUGCCUGUCCGCCAGUUAGGCAUGAGCAAAGGGCGAGUCGAGCCUCGACUCGCCCGAGUCGGAACCGAGUCGAGCUAAAACCGAGUCAAGUCGGACCCGAGUCGGUUUCGCCAAGUUUCUGACUCGUGACUCGGACAUUGGGGGGCGAGUCAGAGUGACUCGCCCGAGUCAGGGCUUGACUCGACCCGAGUCGAGUCAAACUCGACUUGGUUACGGGCAUACCCACCUCUGGCCCUAUACCUGACCAUAUCGGCACAACAAUGUCAGCGCCUUGUAUCAGAUCUCGCCCUACACCUUUCGGGCGCUCCAUCCUCCCUACAGGCAUGCGAAAGCAGCCCCCUGUACAUGCAUGCAUGCAUGUAAACUACAGGGUUUGCCUUCUUUGCUUGCAGAUGCUCUUCUCCUCCACUCUCCAUCCCAACCCCCCCCUCCUCAGGUACAUACCGUUGGGUUUGAGCUGCACUGCACAAUGUUGGCAGCCGCACCGCACCUGCAGUGUGACGACUUUGAAGGUCUCUCCUCCGAGCUCCAUUGACGUUCUAGUCCGCGUGACCAUGUUUGUGGCUGUAUUGUGUUUGAGACAAGGACCGUGUUACGUUGUGCUUCGUGUAAAUAAACCAUGGCGCAUUUGUUGGGCUGGUAGAUCUGAAUUAAGUGGCCUUGGGUUUAGGGUAAAUUCACAGCUUGUGCAUUGUGUAUGGAAUAAGGUAGGCAGGUGGAAACUGUUGGGCUGAUAAAAGCCCUUAGGAUCUUUCCAGAGACUAAGUCCCAGUUGAAAGUGAGACUUGAGUAGUGCAGCGGAAGUUGAGUAGUUGAGUUGAACCCUUGUACUAGUAUAUGAGAACAAAGACUAAGUCCCAGUUGAAAGUGAGACUUGAGUAGUGCAGCGGAAGUUGAGUAGUUGAACCCUUGUACUAGUAUAUGAGAACAAGUGAUUGAUUAAAGUGAACAAGCAUACAGCAAUAUAUAGAAAGUAGAAAACAAGCAGUUGUAGAAUACAGUUGAAUGGCGGUU